AUGACUGUCAAAGCUCAAUUUUUAGCGUCAUACAAGCAGCUUCUGAGGUCUUUGAUUAAGUCCAAUAGACGCUCAAAGAUUUCGCAGAUAAAUGAAGACAACAAGAAACAAAUCGCUCUUUUAACUUACAGAAAGAUAAAUCUCGUCAGACAGCAAGCAUCUGAAGUGGAUUCAAAGAAGAGGUUGACACACCUUCAGCAAACGCAUGAAAUUACCAAACUAAUCGAGAACUUGAAAGCUAAUGAUCCAGUCAAAUUAAAAAGUUUGUAUUUCUACGACAGCCCUAGCCGUUUGAGACACACUGUGCUUCACGAUUUCCCCUCUGAUCAAGCUUCGAUCGAUAAGAGGCUGCAGCAUCUGAGAGACAUAUCCGGCUUCAUCAAAAAUCAGAUGGAAUAUGAACAAUUAGUUGAAAGAUACAACCCAGGACUAAAAAUGGACCAAGAGGAAAAAGUGAAGCGAACCGCCGCUAGAGUCGGUUUGCGAGUACCUGAUUGCUAA